UAAUAUUUUUCAUGUGAUUAAUCAUCUCUGAACAUCAUGGUAUUGGGUCAGGCAAUUGUCUGCAACAGAGAUCCUCUUAAAAUUAGGGAAAUUCUCCAAAUGUAUGCUGAAAUAACAAUUCAAAACUGGUGGAAAAUCCAAUUUUAAAAUAUAAGUUUUAAGUGGUGGUCUGCUUAUUGUAAUCGUGGCCUUCAAUCUAAUCACCUCUCACUUCCAGUUUUUAUUGGAAAAACUUACUUGUACAUUUUUAUCCAGUCUUGCAUUUAUUUAAAGGUUCGAAAUCUGGAUAACUGUGAAAAACAGUUUACCGUGGCAGACAUGGAAUCUCCAAGAGUGCUUUCCAUCCAAAGUCAUGUUGUUCAUGGUUAUGUCGGAAAUAAAAGUGCAACAUUCCCUCUUCAGGUUCUAGGAUUUGAGGUCGACCCUAUUAAUUCGGUCCAGUUGAGCAAUCACACAGGGUACAAAUCGUUUAAGGGGCAGAUAUUGAAUGAAAAUGAUCUUAGUAAGUUUUACUAUGAUUUAAUUGAGUCAUUAAAGCAUAACAAUUUAUUAAACUACACCCAUUUACUGACCGGUUAUGUCGGUUCACCGUCAUUCCUCAAUAAAAUUGUGGAUUUGGUCAAGGAAUUGCGCCAAAUCAAUCCCAAUCUUGUUUAUGUUUGCGACCCAGUUAUGGGAGACAACGGUAAGCUGUAUGUACCUGAAUCUUUGCUACCUAUAUAUCAGGAUUUAUUAAUACCCUUGGCAGAUGUGAUCACUCCAAAUCAAUUUGAAUUGGAAUUGCUUACUGGGCAUAAAAUAAAUUCAAUCGAUGAUGCUUGGACGGCUAUCAACACAUUUCACAAUAAGAGCAAUUGCAGUACCGUAAUCGUUUCUUCCUCAAAUCUCGGAACAGAAAAUGAAUUGAUCGCUUUAGCGAGUAGCAAUGCAGGCGGAAAGGAGAAGAGAGUCUUGUUAAAGUUUCCAAAGUUACCAGGUAAUUUUACUGGCACCGGUGAUCUAUUUGCAGCACUGUUUUUAGCCUGGAACUACAAGACGAAAAACAAUUUGACUAAAUCCUUGGAGUACACGAUUUCAACACUACAAAGUCUAUUGAAAAGAACAUUGAACAUUGCUAAAGAAUCUUCAAACGGCCAACCACUUACACAUGCACAAUUAGAAUUGAAGAUAAUUCAAAGCAAAAACGACAUAGAAGACCCUAAAGUUACAGUUCAAGCGGUGGAAUUGUAAUGAGACAUACACACCAAAAAAUUAUUAGCCGAAACCGAGUAGAUGGGGGUAGAUAAUAUUGUUUUGCAACUUGUCACAUACCUAAUCAAACAAACUUUGGUGUUGUGAUAUAUGGCAAAAAAAUAUAUUUAUAAUAGAGUGCCUAAAUGUAUAAUUUUAAAAGUUGAAUUUUCUAAAUUGUUUUUACAAAUAUUGUUAUAUUUAAAGGGCAAGUUAUUUGGAUUGGUGAGAUUUACAUUAUUUAUUUAUUUAUUUAUUUAUUUAUGGGCAGUAGACUGUUUUAUUAUAAUAACUACAAUAAGAGACAAAG